AUGAGCGAAGCAACUCCUCGCAUAACCGCACCCUACCUCGAGAGCUUCUCAGGCAAAGUAGUUCGCAUAACCGGCAAAGUAAUCCAACUACGAGGCGAGAACGCGACAAUCGAUGCUGGCGGCCACAUCUCGAUCAGUGUACCCAAAGAUGCCCAUCUUGCGAAAGACCACGCCGUCGAGCUCGUAGGGAAGGUGUCGCCGGACUUGACUGUGAGAGUUCUCACAGCGACAGAUCUGGGUAUGGGGAUCGAUUUUGCAGCUGUCGAUGCCGUUGUGGAUGCGACACACCGGUAUAAAGAGAUCUUUUAUGGCGAGGAGAGCGGCUAUUGA